AAAAAGACUUUCAGGUUCUUCCAGUAAAUUUCCUAAACUGUCAUAACUCAUAUGAAUAUUUGGUCAAACAGACUUAUAAUUCUGAGAGUUCGGAAUUCGGAAGAAAAAGAACCUGAAAAUCUUCCUGUUUCACUAAGAUGGAUAUGAGGCUUUUCCAGGCAGCUGAAACUGGAAAUAUCAAUUUGUUACACCACCUGCUAGCACAAAGCUCCUCUAUACUCCAUACCGUCGCUCUAACUUCAAACGAAAAUCCUCUACACAUUGCUUCUACAGCAGGCCAUGUUGAAUUUGUUAAGGAGAUGGUAAGGUUGAAACCCAGUUUUGCCAAAGAAGUAAAUCAGGAUGGUUUUAGCCCCAUUCACUUGGCUUCUGCUAUAGGCCAUUUGGAGAUUGUGAAGGAGCUGCUGAAAGUUGACCAAGAACUCUGCAGAUUAGAAGGAAGGAACCAAUGGACAGCUCUUCAUUAUGCAGCAAGCAGAGGGAGGGUAGACAUCAUUCGAGAAAUGCUAUUAGCUUGUCCUGAAAGUAUUGAAGAUGUGAAUGUGCACAAAGAAACUGCUUUGCACCUUGCAGUUAAGAACAGCCAAUUUAAAGCAAUUCAUUUCAUGAUCAAUUGGAUCACAGGAAUGAAAAAGGAUGAGAUUUUGAACAUGAAGGAUGAACUUGGAAAUUCAAUUCUUCACCUUGCAACAUGGAGAAAACACCGCCAGGUUAUAGAAUGGGUACUUGGCAAUACUGCAGCUAACGCAAGAGAUGGAUUCGUAAAUGCUGUAAACCAGAGCGGUCUGACUGCUCUUGAUAUUCUACUCAUAUUCCCAAGUGAAGCAGGUGAUAGAGAAAUUGAGGACAUCCUAAGGCAUGCUGGAGGUAGGAGAGCAAAUGAUACAGCUCACCCUGCUGUACCUGUCACUGUUGCUGACAAUCGAACCGCGGUAAAUGAUGGCUGGAGAAUAUCAAAUUUUUUCUCAGGUGAUUUGGUGAAGUACUUCAAGUUCAGAAGGGGCAGAGAUUCUCCAAGCGAUGCUCGAACUGCACUUCUAGUUAUAGCAGUAUUGGUGGCAACAGCAACAUUUCAAGCUGGACUCAACCCUCCAGGAGGUGUUUGGCAGGAAACAGACUUGACUGGGCCUCCCAACAAACCAGCACAUUUAGCAGGGAGGUCCAUUAUGGGAUCUUAUAGUUCAGCUGCAUAUCUCUUGAUAAUGGUUCCAAACUGUAUUGGGUUCUCAGUGUCUCUUUUUGUUAUCAGCAUCCUCAUAAGUAAUUUUCCUCUAGAGUGGGAGUUCCAAGUCUGUAUCUGUGCUCUCUACUUUACUUAUAACACUGCAAUUACUUUCAUGGCACCAAAAAGCUUAAAGGCCUUCCUCAUUGCAUUUUCAUCAGCUUUGCCAGGUGCCAUGCCAUUGGUAAUUAGGUUGGUUAGGCUAUUUUUAAGGACCAUCAGGAAAAGACUAUUCUAA